AUGGUCCCGAUUCUCGACAUCAGUCCGCGCUCGUACAAAUCUGGCGCAAGUAUACAUGACGUCAGGGCCAAAGGAACACUUACCUUCGACUGGGUGUUCAUGCUGCUGGUCGCCGCAUUCGUAGCAGCUAUAGGACUGAUUGAAACUCCACCGUUAUCCUUUGUAGCUAGUAUGCUCUUAUCACCACUAAUGGUACCCUUACUUAACUUCUAA